GCUUUUAUUGAUUUUGCAUGUAAGUUAUCGGUGAGUUUGGCGUUGCUUGAACCUAAGAGCUCACCUUUUAACAACGUUCACACAUGACAAGUUCUCACCAAUUGAUCAAUUAGUGAUAACUCUUCUUGUGGAAACGCUGUUAAAAUAUGAGGUCUUGGUUCGAAGAAACGCCAAACGCACCAAUAAUCUAUACGAAAGAAGAGCUUAAUACUCAUAGCUGAGGAAUUAGGAUCAGUGCGCUACAAAACCAGACUGGAGUCCAUAAGAUGAGUUGUUACAUAUAUAUUAUAACAAAAUAUUAUUAUCAUUUUUUUAUAACAAAAUAUUAUUUUAGUUUGUAUAAAAUUUUAUAUUCAAUUAGAAGUUGAAAUAUAUUUCACAUAAACCACUUUAAAAGAUAUCGGUUUGAGUUUGAAUCAUAUCAAUAUACUAUAUGCAAAUAAUAUUAAUAUUGCAGAUGGUAUAUAUUCGAUCAUUUAUGCGAGCUGAAUUGUUAUAUAUGUUGCACAGUGAAUCCUCCACUUAUAGAAAUUUAGAUCUGUUUGUUCCAAACAUUAUAAAUCAUCAGAUAUAUCUAUUUUACCAAAAAAAAUCAGAUAUAUGUAAAUAUUUACAUAAUUGUAGUUAUUGAAUGAUAUAAAGUACGAAAAAUAUGUGUGAAAGUGAAUGGUCCUGGCAGGCAAACAAACUUAGAAAAUAAUCCACAUGUAUAUGUACAGUAUUACUCAUUUAGUCAUACACAACACAACAAUUAAUAACACUCACAUGGUCUCUUUCACGCCCUCGCCCUCCUCCUCCCUCACUAUAUAUUUAUGUGUACUUCAUGUUAUUAGCUUGCACAAUCUUUCUAAAUACUCCAAAGGACAAAACUCACAAGGAUCAAUCAACGGCAAUAAUGGCGAGGAAUAAUCCAUACGUAUACACAAAGAUGGAGAAAGAAGAUCCCCAAGAGCUAAUUCACAGAAGAGCUCAAUUUAUAAUUCAGAAGGUUCUAGAACGGGCAGACAACAGGACACGACAGCAGCACCAGAGGAAGAGAUCAUCUGGACCGUUGAUUAUAAUCAGAGUAGCUGGAAUAAGAAUGAGAAUCGGUAAGAAGCUAAGGAAGCUGAGGAAGAAUAAUAGUUGCCUUUGCAAAAAUCUUAUCUCUCGUUUCAUCAAAUCGUUUAAACGAUUCUUGUCGUCCUCGUCUUCUUCACGAACUAUCUCUGAUCUUCCUCCUCUAUUCUCUCUUCAAGUUUGAUGAUCUUGAACUGUUUUUUGUUUUAAUAUUUUCCUAUAUAAUAUACUUCGAUUCCCUUCAACUAAUAAAUACACGUAAA